UCAACUGCUUCAAAACGGCGGUAUUCCUAGUGAUUCGUGGAAAGUGAAAUUCCAGCAUGCUGAGAAACAAAAAGCUUUUACUCUGAAUCCUGGGACAUUGAAGAUUGUUCAUCUUUGGGGAUGCGUUGUAACAUUAGUUCAUAUUAUGCAACAGUGCCUGGUUUAAUCGCACCUGAUUUGGCUUUAAAGAAGAAUGAGGAAUUGACAUAUUAAAGAUUUUUAGCAUCAUGCAUUUAGGCACAAAAUAUUUUCUUCAGAUCCUGAAGGACGCUGUUGGACCCUGUGUAAAUUGUUCCAGAUUUUCACCCACUUUAACUAUAAGACUUUAUAGUCGAAUGAAACCACAAAUAUUUUUCCUCACAAAAAACGUUAGAAAUGCCUGCAUUCUUCCAAGUUUCCAAGGAGGCAUUCAGCCAUGGAGGCUCUUUUCUUACAAGGAUCUGCUAAAGUCAGAGCAGGAACACUGGAGUGCGUUUCAAUCAAAUUACACAGGAAAGACCGAGAGAUUGAAGCAAAGACUGGAAACUCAUUAUGAGAAGUAUUCAUCUAAUCUGGACAGUUCAAUGAUUAGGUUUGGAGAGUAUGUUUACUUUGAAGAAGAUGAUUGUAUAUGUCGUUCAAGGCUGGAAGAAGCAGAUGAAGGAAAUAUAGAAGUAUUACUUCGUAUGGAAGAUCUACCCUUUCAUGGUUUUUUUAUCCAGCGCAUCCGAAUUUCCCCAGAUCAUAGAUAUAUCGCAGCUGGUAUUAAAAGUGUAAAUUCUGAAGAGUCUGUUUCUCUCAUUGUGAAACUGAAUACGUUGCCAGUAAUGGAGCAUAUUAUCCCAAAUGUAUUUAGCUUUGAAUGGGCUACCCAUGAUAUUCUGUUUUAUACAGUCCAGAAGAACCUUCAGUGUCAUGAAGUAUAUUUGUAUGAUUUUAGUAAAAAACAUUCUGAGCUGGUUUAUAUUGAACAAGAUGCAAGAUAUUUUGUGGAUCUCUACUGCACAAAAGACAAGCGCUUUCUGACUAUAAAUAGUAAUAGCAAGACUACCUCUGAAGUAUGGCUAGUUGAUUGUCACCACCCUUUUAAACCUCCUGUUCUUGUGCAACAACGAACAAAAGGGAUUAUUUACCAUGCCGAGCACAGAAACAAUUAUUUGUACAUUCUUACUACGUAUGGGGACCCAGUGGGCUAUAAGCUGAUAGAGGCUCCAGUUGAUUCAUGUAGUUUGGAGAAUUGGCGGUCCAUAUAUGCUUUAAAAGAAAAGGCCAAACUAAUUGAACUGGAGAUGUUUAAAGACCACUGUGUUGUGUUUUUGAAAUACUGCGGUCACCUCUACAUAGAUAAUAUCUCUCUAGUAUCAAACUCCAUUCACAGUGUUAAGCUACCUGCUUGGGCCUGUUCAUUUGAAUUGGAGCCUCAUCCUGAAUACACCACUAGCACUUGCUAUUUUUGGCUUUCCUCCCCUGUUCAGCCUCCAAUACGUUUUGCAUAUUCAUUGGUAGAAAACAAGCUUAUUGAGCUCACUGAACAAGAGGUAUCCAUUGCAGUGAACUGUCAUGCUGUACACUUAGAAGCUAAGAGCAAGGAUGAAGUUUGGGUGCCGAUUACAGUUUUUCAUAAACCCAAUUCUGUGGAGCUACACAGGAAACCACUUCUGAUUCAUGUUUAUGGAGCUUAUGGCACAGAUGUGAACAUGAGCUUUAAACCAGAAAACCUCAUGUUAAUCGAGGAUGGGUGGAUCUUAGCAUACUGUCAUGUUAGAGGUGGAGGAGAGCUAGGCCUAGGGUGGCAUAAAGAUGGAUGUACUACUAAGAAGCAUAAUGGUACCCAUGAUCUCAAAGCAUGUAUAAACCUGUUGCACAAACUGGGUUUUUCUCAGCCUGCGUAUACAGCCCUGGCAAGUCUGAGUGCUGGAGGAGUUCUUGCAGGAGCUCUGUACAAUAAUGAUCCUCACCUUAUCAAAGCAAUGGUUUUACAGUCUCCUUUUCUGGAUGUGUUAAACACAAUGUUGGAUCCUCAUCUCCCUCUGACCAUUGAAGAGCAAGAAGAAUGGGGAAAUCCACUGCUUGAUGAGACUUGCAAAGCAUAUAUUAAAAGCUACUGCCCCUAUCAGAAUAUAAGACCACAGCAUUAUCCUUCUCUUUUCAUCACAGUCUCUGAAAAUGAUCAACGAAUACCUCUGGAAGGAGUGUUGAGAUACAUCUGUAAACUAAGAAGAGCUGUAAGAGAUCAUGUCCAAGCCAAAAGCGCAGAUGAGAAAGGUCUUCAGAUGCCUAAUAUUAUUUUAGAUGUGCAACCAGGAGGCAGUCAUUGUGCGUCUUCUUUAAACCAGGUUGCAGUUCAACUAGCUUUUCUCUACAGCGAGCUUGGACUAGACGUGCAAAAAUGACUCCACGAAGCUCAAGUUUGUGACUGAAGUAAUAAAGCAGCCUUGACUGAAUGGGAAGCUACCCACGUGAUUAUUACAGCAAUCAGAUGUAAUACUUCAGAGUAAUGGUAACUAAUUUGUAAUUGAUCAGAUUCCUCAGAAAUAGAUGACUUCUCCAAAUUUAUUUUUACUAAAUAAAAUGUUUAGUACAACAA